AUGGCGUUAGCAUUAAUGAGCGGUAACGUGGGCUUGCGAAGAACCAAAUUGGAAGACCUAAAUCCGAACUUAGGCAAUAUCUUGGUCGUCGGGAUAAUAAUUGGCAAGCAAAAACCGCACAAAUUUACAAGCACAGCGGCCUCUUAUGAGGGCGUGCAAAAGGCUGUGUGGAAUUUCACGUUGAGGGACUCGGUUCGCGAUUACGCGAACGUUACUUACUGGGGAUCCACUGAAGUCGUUUUCCAAGCCAACGAUCAAGACUUGAACGACCCCGGUGAAAGUUACCGUCCAAUGGUCACAUCUCCCUAUAGAUUAACGCUGAACGAAAAAUCGUCUUUAAUUAGACACGAGGGUAACUUAAGGAGUUUUCUACAGCUCCUUCGGCUCCCUACCAAACCACUAGCUGGUUUUGUUCCGUUGAAGAAUAUUCAAAACAACGGCAGUAACAUAACAGAUUUGGUGAACAUCCUUGUCGUAGUUAAGGGCAUACGGCCCACGCGCACUGUUAAUUCGAAAUUCUCUAAUGAAACAUUCAGCGUCAGAACUGUAGAAGUUUUCGAUCACACCAGUCCGAGUUUCCAAAUUGAAAUGUGGGACAACGACAUAAUCCAGAGGUCCGAUCACUGGGUACCGACAGUUACAAUUCUAUUUAUAACGGACCUUAAAGUCGUUUGGUCGAAUUUUUUACGGCAGUUUUCGGUUAAAGUAACAGCUCGUAGCAUCGUUACCGAAAAUCCUGAAGGUAAGGAGAGCCAAAUGCUGGCGAACUACGCCAAGGAAGCUCCAAUUGAAACAUUCGAUAUAGUCGGUCAAAUUGUCACCGCAUUGGACGAUCCAAACAUUCAAGAUGUAAUGACUGUAAAGCAAGUACAGGACAAAAUUAACUCUUCAUCGAUGGAGAGACAGUUCACUGCUGCUCUAUACGUUUCAAUAUCCAGUUUUGAUCUGGACGGUCUUUCCAAAGUGUUGCUAGUAAAAUGUGCAAAGUGUAAACUGGAAGUUAAAAAUUCGAAAUGCGAAAAUGCACAGUGUCCCACGGUUUACGAAGGAGACUCUGCUCUUUUAGAAUAUAAUUUCGAUAUUCGAUUGAAUAUUUCGGAUCAUACGGGGACGUUAAUGAAUUGCAGGUUGAGCGGACAAGCUGCUGAACAGGCUUUAAAUUGUACUGCGAAAGAAUUUUCAAAUUUGUCAGAUGAAGAAAAAGAAAUGCUCAAGUGGAAGUACCUUUUUGAGAAGUGCGCUGUAAAUAUUGUAGUUUUAUAUAUUGGCAAUCAAUCUCCUAUAAUUUCCGUGCUAAAAUUGAAGCGAGAAAACGUUUUGGAAAUUAGCAGAAAAUUAGCAGUUUAUUAA